GGCGCCGCGGAGCGAAGGGCUCAGAACAGGCGAGCGCUGCCGGGAAGAGGCUGAGUUUUUGCUGCUGCUUCUGCUGCUGCUGCUGCUGCUUCGAAGCUGCGCGCUCCCUCGAGGCGCUGGAUUGACUUCGCAGCCGCGCGGGCUCCAGCCGAGUGGAUUUUCGUUUCGCGUGGGAUCUUUUUUUUCCCAACUCCAAAAAACCAACAGCAAUUCGUGGCUCAUGGACCAAGCAACAGAGAUCAUUGUUUUCCUUCUACAUUUAUAAUAAAUAUAUAUAUAGGGUGGUUUUUUUCCCUUUUCUCCUCCUCUGUUUUCGUCUGGGAUUCUCUGCUCGUCUCCGGGAACCAAUAUAUUUUUUGGAGAGGGUGGAGGUUUUUUUCCUUCCAUCAGAGGGAAAGAAAAAAAAAAAGAUCUGCAAGAUCCCUCCCGCCACCCCUCGACAGCUGCUUACAAGUCGCGAUCUCCGUCUUGGGAGAGAGAGAGCCUACGUCGCUGGCCUUUCUCAACUGCGCUCAUCAGCUGUUUUUUUGGGGGGGAAGGGGGUGUUGUUCAUCCUCCCCUUCCCUUCUCCGUUUUCUGCCCAUUGACUUGACAACCUCGAGGGAAGCGGGGGGCGUCGGAUCUCCGCAUCGCGGUGGUGGUUCCCCCUUUUCUUCCUGCCCCCACCCCACCCUUACAGCCGUCUCCCCCCCUUUUUUGGAAGAUGUUACUCUCCAAGUUCGGAUCCCUCGCUCACCUCUGCAACCCAACCAGCAUGGACCACUUGCCCGUCAAGAUCCUCCAACCAGUGAAAGUGGAGAAGGAGCCCUUCGAAAAAAUCUAUCAAGUGGGCUCCGUGCUGGGAAGCGGGGGAUUUGGCACCGUCUAUGCCGGGAACCGCAUCUCGGAUGGCUUGCCGGUUGCCGUCAAGCACGUCGUGAGGGAGAGGGUGACAGAAUGGGGCACAAUUGGUGGAGUUAUGGUGCCCUUAGAGAUCGUUCUGCUCAAGAAAGUGGGGUCCGGCUUCCGUGGGGUCAUCAAGCUGCUGGACUGGUACGAGCGGCCCGACGGCUACUUGAUCAUCAUGGAGCGGCCCGAACUGGUGAAGGACCUCUUUGACUUCAUCACCGAGAAGGGAGCCCUGGACGAGGAGACGGCCAGGGGGUUCUUCCGACAGGUCCUCGAGGCGGUUCGCCAUUGCUACAGCUGCGGCGUCGUGCACCGAGACAUCAAGGAUGAGAACCUCUUGGUGGACCUGAGGACAGGGGAGCUGAAGCUGAUCGAUUUCGGCUCCGGAGCCCUCCUCAAGGACACGGUCUACACGGAUUUCGAUGGGACACGAGUAUACAGCCCUCCGGAAUGGAUCCGGUACCACCGCUACCAUGGAAGAUCAGCCACUGUGUGGUCUUUGGGCGUCCUCCUAUAUGAUAUGGUCUGCGGCGACAUCCCCUUCGAGCAAGACGAAGAAAUCUUGAGGGGAAGGCUAUACUUCAGGAGGAGAAUUUCACCUGAAUGCCAACAGCUGAUCAAAUGGUGCCUUUCGCUGAGGCCUUCGGACCGGCCGACCCUCGAGCAGAUCUUCGACCACCCCUGGAUGCACAAGUCGGACGUCGCCAAGUCAGAGGAUUGCGACAUCCGGCUACGGACCAUUGACACGGAUGUUUCCAGCACAAGUUCGAGCAACGAGAGCCUGUGAAAUUGCCGAGGACCUUGCGGCGGGAGGGGAGGAGCCACGGGCGGGGCGGGGCGGGGCGGGAGGGGAAGGCACCAGAGUGCUGCUAUUGCUGCUGCCAUAUGUAGGAGAGGCUAGGGGGGAAAAUUGCAUUCAUUCUGUAGUCUGAAUCUUUGUCAGAGGGACUUGAUUUUUUUAUUCCCCCCCUUCCCCUUCCCCCUUUUUGCCGGUUUCUGCUUUGGAACGAGAGAUUUCCUUUGGAAACGCUGUUGUUUGGGAGUUUGUGGGGCCAGUGCUUCGUUAAAGGCUGCCCCCUUUUUUUUCCUUAAGGCAAAAGCAGCGACCUUAAAAUAACAUGGUGAAAACUUUUUUGCUCUCAUAGAGCCUGGACUAGAUUUUAUUUGCUUUUUUGAGUGCCUUUUUGAAAGCUGCUUCAGUGGGACUUUCCUUUUUUUGAGCUGUGUAUGUCCAAAGAGGACCCCGCGCAUGAUAGGAUCGUGUCCCCUCGAGCCCCGCUGCAAAAGGAGCUGGGGGAAGCAACUUCUAUGAUGCCCUGGGAAAACAUGUUCAGUGAUUGAAUGAAGUAGUCCCGUCCUCUGGCGAUGGAAUACUUGAACACAGACAUUUCACUCCUUCCUGGUCCCCCCCCCGCACCCCACACUUUCCCCCCAUUCCCCCCUCCAAGGCGACCUCCUCUGCUCCCCACUCUUGUUUCCAAUAGGCUGCACGUGUUCUCAGCUGUUUUUAUCAGGGACACUCACUCAAAACUUCAUUUCAUCAUCUCUUCCACUGGGCACACAAACACACACAAAAAGGCCCCUUCUCAACUCCCCCCCAACCUGCAAGUCUUAAAAAAAAAUUAAAAAAUGUAUGUAUGGGCAUGUUAAAUGCACAAUCAAUGCAAUAUUCAAGGACUUUGUGUGUGUGUUUCUCCCCCCCCCCCAUACCUGUAUAAUGUGUUUCUGUAAAUUUUUGUUUCUCCUCCUCCUCCUCCUCCUCCCCAUGUAUUAUACGGUUUUAUUUAUUGUCUGGAGUUUAGAAGACCUCUCACAGUCUCAAUCUGUGACUAUAUUUAUUUUAGCUAAUUUAUUUGUGUAGAAUUAUUCCAACACUGUGCUUUUUAUCUCUCUUACUCCGGUGACAGGAGUGGUUGGUCCACAACUAGUUUUUUGCAUUCCUCUCUUGUCUCUUUCUCCAUUUUUUGUUUGUUUUUUUGUUUCAAGAAGAAGAAGAAGAAAAAUGAAAAAGUCUGACCAUACCUGUUUUUUGGGUUUUUUUGUUGUUGUUUUUUCAUUUCGAGUUGGAAGAUGGAAAAUUGUACAAAGUCUAAUUUAAGGGAACUAGAGUGACUUUAAAAGUUAGUCGGUAUGCCUUUUUGUCUGGUAUUAUUUACAUACCAGAACUGUAAAGUAAUGCUGUUUGGAAGGGUUUUAAAUUAUUGACAUUAUACAGUCUUUGUGCAUUGGCUCUGGAAGGAAGCGUGGCAGAGUCAUAAACCUUAAUUUAUUUUAAUAGCUGUGUGUUCUGUGAUCUGGUUGCAUUUAUGCAGCUUGGAUAUGGAUUUUCUCUCUUCUGUUUAACAGUGUGAAAUGUAUGGAGAUCAUAUUUUUUUAUACAGGUAUUUCAAUUAAACUUUUUUGUAGAUAA